CCUAUUUUCAUAAGAUCUUCUAGCAGUAGAGCUAACAAACUUAACAAUCGCCACUAUGAGUCAUUUUACAAAUGUUGUGCUUAUGUAUUUUUUUGUUGUUGUUGUUGUUUAUUAAUGUCCAGACAGUACGCCCAAAACAAACAGUUUCAGGUUCUCAUUUGUAUCCUGUGCGUUCGUUCGAGGCCGCGGUGCAUGCUGGGACUGCGGGUCCUCCACGCGCGCCUCCAUCUUUAAACCCCAGAGGAGGAGAAACAGCUUCCGCUCAGUCGUACACACACAAGAUCCUGCCUUCACACACACAUUUAUGACACUUUGAGCUCCAGAUCUGCGUUUUAAAUCGACGGAUUGGACUAGCAAAGACCUGAGGCACUUAUUCAGAGCGCGUCCGGUGAUUAAACCGCUUCAUUUCUGCACUGACAUCCACAAAAACACGGCGGAGGGAUCGCAACUGCGCGUCUCUUCUUCUUCUUUUGUCCGCCUCUCUCUCGGUUUCUCGGCUCCUGAUGCCCGGAGAUGAGUAGAGGAACAUGUCGGUUUCGGGACUGAAGGCCGAGCUGAAGUUUCUGGAGUCCAUUUUCGACCCGAAUCACGAGCGCUUCAGGAUUCUGGACUGGAAGCCGGACGAAUUGAGCUGCCAGUUCAACGUGACCGGAGAGAAGCUGCUCAUCAUCCACUGCAACAUCACGGAGUCCUACCCCUCGACGUCCCCGAUAUGGUUUGUGGACUCCGAUGACCCGAGUCUGACUCAAGUUCUGGAGCGGCUGGAGGACGUGAGGAAGGGAAACACGCUGCUCUUGCAGCAGCUGAAGAGGCUGAUCUGUGAUCUGUGUCGCCUCUAUAAUCUUCCCCAACACCCUGAUGUGGAGAUGCUGGACCAGCCACUCCCCGCAGCGCCCCUGAACCCGGACCGCAAGCUUGGGACCACGGAUGAGGUCACAUCAGAGGAGGAAGAGGAGGAGGAGAUGGGAGAGCAGGACAUCGAUCUGGAACAUUAUGAAAUGAAAGAGGAGGAGCCGGUGGAUGGGAAGAAGUCAGAGGAUGACGGGAUCGAGAAGGAGAACUUGGCCAUUCUGGAGAAGAUCCGCAAGAACCAGAGGCAGGACCACUUGAAUGUAAGUGCUCAUUCGGGCGCUGUCUCUGGAUCCGUUCAAGCGUCGGAUCGCCUCAUGAAGGAGCUCAGGGAGAUCUACCGGUCUCAGAGUUAUAAGAACGGAAUCUACUCAGUGGAGCUGUUCAACGACAGCCUGUACGAGUGGCAUGUGAAGAUAAGAACUGUGGAUCCAGACAGUCCUCUUCACAGUGACCUGCAGGUGUUGAAGGAGAAGGAGGGAAUCGACUACAUACUCCUCAACUUCUCUUACAAAGAUAACUUCCCGUUCGAUCCCCCGUUUGUACGAGUGGUUUCUCCUGUGCUUUCUGGAGGGUAUGUUCUGGGUGGAGGAGCUCUGUGUAUGGAACUACUCACUAAACAGGGCUGGAGCAGUGCCUAUUCCAUAGAGUCUGUCAUCAUGCAGAUCAACGCCACGCUAGUCAAGGGGAAAGCGAGAGUGCAGUUUGGAGCCAAUAAGAACCAGUACAAUCUCGCCAGAGCGCAGCAGUCGUAUAAAUCCCUGGUGCAGAUCCACGAGAAGAACGGCUGGUACACACCCCCGAAAGAGGACGGCUAGAGCGAGAGAUCGCACAUGAGCGUGUAUCCUGCGGUGGACGUCUCUUUGUUCCCGUUCCUCCCAUCAUCCCUCUGUUCAGUCUCUGCCCGUGUGUCCCGUCUCCGAGUCCCAUCCACGGGGAAAGCUCUUUCUUUUCGUUUUGUUUGUUGCUUUAUCAUCUCAGAUAAUGCCAUUAUUCCUGCGGUCCCGACAUCUCCUCUCCCGUCGUCCUCGGAGCGGCGCGGGUUCUGCCGGAGGAGCCGCGAGCGGACGGACACUGCUGUGUGUUAGGGAACGCUGGGCGCUGACCAAUGAUGCCUUAAAGGAGGAGAACGCAGCAGCGAGUGUGUGUGUGUGUGUGUGGGUCUCGUCCUGCUGUUCCUCCUGUGUUCCUGUCAGCGCUCUCGGUCCCGGACGCCGUGGACGGGGUUUAGAUUAUAAUUCCUGCUUUCCCGAGCCGUUGAACGCACCGGGAAGUGUUCGGUCCCGUGUGGGACAGUGUCCGCUUCACCUUUUGGUUUGUUUAGGUAAAUUAAAAAUAAAUGAAUAAUGCCACUCUGACAUCAAGCCAUAGAUGGGACCCGUAGGUUUAAUCCCGGCUCUCGUCCUCCAGGAUCAGCUCCACCGUAGAGCGUUUGAUAGAGGAGUGUGUUCACAGCUGACUCCAGAUCAGAUCACUCCCAAGGCCGGAGAGCGGUCGGACAGUUCUGCACUGUUAGCAUGCUUUGGUUAUAAUGCUUUUUAUUUUACGUUUUUUCUUUCAUUGUAAGUGUAAUUUUGACCAUGUACAGUACAAUUUGUAAACUUGCAUCAAGUUUAUGAAUAAAGAAUUUUAAGAAAUACA